AGCCCAGCCGACCCGGCGGCGCCCUGGGCGCUGGGCGCGAUGGGGGCCGCGGAGCCGCUGCGCUCGGUGCUGUGGGUGAAGCAGCAGCGCUGCGCAGUGAGCCUGGACCCCGCGCGGGCGCUGCUGCGCUGGUGGCGGAGCCCGGGGCCCGAAGCCGGCGCCCCCGGCGCGGAUGCCUGCUCUGUGCCUAUUUCCGAGAUCAUCACCGUUGAAGAAACAGACAUUAAUGGGAAACACUACACCAGUGGAAAAUGGCAGAAAAUGGAAAAGCCUUAUGCUUUCACAGUGCAUCGUGUGAGGAGGGCCCGGCGGCACCGCUGGAGGUGGGCGCAGGUGACCUUCUGGUGUCCUGAGGAGCAGCUGUGCCACCUGUGGUUGCAGACCCUCAGGGAGCUACUGGAGAAGCUGACAUCUAGACCAAAGCACUUACUGGUGUUCAUCAAUCCGUUUGGAGGGAAAGGACAAGGCAAGCGGAUCUAUGAGAGAAAAGUGGCGCCGUUGUUUACACUGGCCUCCAUCACCACCGAGAUCAUUGUUACUGAGCAUGCUAAUCAUGCCAAGGAGAGUUUAUAUGAGCUCAACAUAGACAAAUAUGACGGCGUCGUCUGUGUGGGCGGAGACGGCAUGUUCAGCGAGGUCCUGCACGGCCUGGUGGGCAGGACGCAGAGGGACGCCGGCGUGGACCAGGACCAGCCCCGGGCGGCGCUCGUGCCCAGUCCGCUGAGGAUCGGUAUCAUCCCUGCGGGGUCGACAGACUGUGUGUGUUACUCAACGGUUGGCACGAACGACGCGGAGACCUCGGCUCUGCACAUCGUCGUGGGGGACUCGCUGGCCAUGGACGUGUCCUCUGUGCAUCACAACAGCACGCUGCUGCGGUACUCGGUGUCCCUGCUGGGCUACGGCUUCUACGGGGACAUCAUCAAGGACAGCGAGAGGAAGCGGUGGAUGGGUCUCGUCAGAUACGACUUCUCAGGUUUGAAGACCUUCCUCUCCCAUCACUGCUACGAAGGGACAGUGUCCUUCCUGCCAGCACAGCACACGGUGGGCUCCCCGAGGGACAGGAAACCCUGCCGGGCGGGGUGCUUUGUCUGCAGGCAGAGCAAGCAGCAGCUGGAGGCCGAGCAGAGAAGGUCACUGUACGGCUUGGAGAGCACCGGACGCCCGCCUGCCCGGCUCGGAUGUAACGGAUUUAACGUAGCCUCUGCGAUGCUUCUUCCUGCUUCAGAGGAGGUGGAAGAGUGGAAGGUCGUCUGCGGGCAGUUCCUGGCCAUCAACGCCACCAACAUGUCCUGUGCUUGUCCCCGGAGCCCCCAGGGGCUCUCCCCGGCCGCCCACCUGGGAGACGGGUCUUCUGACCUCAUCCUCAUCCGGAAGUGCUCCCGGUUCAACUUCCUGAGGUUUCUCGUCAGGCACACCAACCAGGGCGACCAGUUUGACUUCACUUUCGUCGAAGUCUAUCGCGUCAAGAAGUUCCAGUUUGUGCCGAAGCCUGCGGAGGACGAGGACGGCAGCGUCCGGGGCCGCGGGAAGAAGCGAUUGGGGCAGCUGUGCAGCGACCGCCCCCCGUGCUGCUGCGCCGUCUCCAGCAGCGCCUGGAACUGCGACGGGGAGGUUCUGAGCAGCCCUGCCAUCGAGGUCAGGGUGCACUGCCAGCUGGUCCGGCUCUUUGCACGAGGAAUCGAAGAGAACUCGAAGCAGGAGUCACAGCGCUGAGACGCCGUCUCACAUCGCCGGCCUUCUUGCUGUGCUUGGGAAGUGGGAACAGUAUUUAAGAAAAUUACUACAGACCAAUUACGUUGAUAUGCAUUCAAACUUAGAAAUUUAUUUUUGAUAGUUAAAUGUUGAUUUUAGAAAAAAUACCUUUUGUCAACAAUUUUGUGGACGUAUUUGGCAUUUUCAGUUCUAUGUGAGUCUUUGGGUUGCGUUUCACGUAACUUAUCCUCAGCAAGUGGCGCUUGCUGAUUUGGGAGUGCUUGGCUUCUUAGAUUUCAACCAUGCUGAUGGUGCAGAUGUUAAAACGGCCCAUUUGUGGCUCUGUCGCAAUAACUGUAGGAACAACACGAUGUGAACGUGUUCCAUCGAGGUCACGCCACCAGGACACGAGUGUCUACAGGGUCACCGAUCUGCUUGGCAAGACUUACCCUGUAGUAGCUUGUGAUCAAGUUUUGGAAAGUAGUUGGUUCUCUUUGCCUUUGUAGUACCUGCAUCUUAACUUGCGAUUAAGACGUUAUUACUGGACCCUUUCUGUCCCGUGCAACUACAAUGCAAUAUCACAGUCCUGCUCGAAGUGACACUUCCAUAGUAGCCCGUUCUAGUGAGUGAGAAGAACACUCAGAGUAACGAUACUGUAGCUUGAAAAAUCACAGUAGUGUUUCUAGACAAUCCAGCUGGGAGCGAGAACAAGUCAGGAGCUCUGGAAACGGGCAGCUUGCAAAGCACUCGAAAGGGUUUUACUCUUUUAAAUUUGGAAUCCCCGAGCUUUCUAUCUGCACAGCGGGGGUGCCAUAGCUGGGCUUUGUGGGGAGACAGAAAGCAGCCGAGCGGGGUGGGUGAGACAUUCCUGCGCGAACUGUGUGAACUCCAGACCGAGCUCCCCACCCCCAGGGGAGGGUCCCACGCCCCGGGGUCCCUUGGCUGUACCACGUGGUCCAGGUUUGUUCCUUUCUUAUCUUCACACUUACUUCUAUAUAUUUAUUGAAAGUUCUGGCCUUUCAACCAGAAGAGGAUAAACGGUGCCCUCACUGUCUGUUUUCGUUUGUUUCUGCUCAAGUGCUGGGGCCUCCCUGGGCCCAGGGGCGCCCCUCGCCUGGGCUUUGUUUGUGUUCGUGCUUCGGUGUGUGGAAGACGCAUCUAAAACAGCUUUAGCUGAAACGUGAGCGGCUGCAGCUUCACCUUGGAUUUGUGAUGAGGGAGUUUGUUACGAGAGGCGGUGAGGGCGGCCGCCUUUCACGCAGGGUCCGGGCAGCCGCUUUAGCAUCUAACAGACAUCGUUUAUCUUUGGAAUUCCUUUGCGGUGAUUUCUAUUUGGAAGUACACGUGAAAUGUCCUAUUUCACCAUUCAGUCCCGCCCAGAGCAGAUGAAAGGGCAGCCUCAACAGUGGAUUUUUAGGAGACCAUGUUAUUAAGUGAUUGUGCAAGUUGAAUGAUUUGAUAACUGGCGGGUGAGUGAAAAGUCUGGGGAUGAGAAAGAAAGAGAUGCCGCCGUCUUGUUGAUGCUUGCCCUUGGUGGGGAGGAAACCAAAGGUGCACGAGCUCUGCGCGGGGGACCGUGAGCACCGUGGACGCGCCGUGGAAUUGAUUGCGCUGCUUCACCAGGGUCCCCGAGAGGGUCUCCAGUCUUCAUCGUCCCUGGGGAAUGCUUCCAAUCACUGGCCUGCCCUGAAAUGCACUGCCAAUUGGAGAAAAACCGUCCAGGCCAGAGGGUAAGCAUUUUACGUUCAGGAAGAAACCCCGCCACGCCACAUGGUUCCUGCGUGCCUUGGCGAUAUUCACCGACUGCUUGCUGACAUUCAAAAUCGCAGACCUUGGAACUGCCCCUGGAGGUUGUGUGGCUGUCUGAGGACCGCCCCGCCCCACCCCGGGAGCUGUGGAUGACCCCGUCACGGGGCCGGAGUACCCUUCAGACCUUGCGGCGCGUGAGGACCCUGAGCAGAGCGACCCCAGCGCCUAUACUGCAGGAUUUUAAGAAAAAAUCAGAACUGAUGGCUGGACAGUGAAAACCUGGGGUCGCUGAGCAGCGUUAGUCUAGGUUGGUAACCUCCCGUGUGGCCUGUUGGUGCAGCAGUUACGCCCGGACCUUCCUCCUGGUCAUCCUGAUGCUGAGCGAGGGCGGCGCGUGCCUGCCCCUGGGCGGGCGGCUGACUCUGUCCUUACUGCAGUCCCGUGUAACUGGGCGGUGUGGGCAGAAAGGGGCUUAAUUUUCUUUCUAGUCUUGCUGGCUUCAAGAUUAGAAAAUGGUGAAUUUGCUCUGGUAUGUUUGAGAAGACAAAUAAAGUUGUUACUUUGGGCAGAA